AUGUCGGAUGAAUCACUCGAUAAAUCACUGUUGUUGGCGGUUAGCAAUACAGCAGUUAUUUUUACCAUAGGCUAUCGGCAGUUUUACGAUGCGGGGAGUGACGAAGAAGAGGCUCUCGCUGAGGCGACGAGAGCUGCGGAGGAAACGGAUCUAGAGCGUCAAACCGUCCUCUACCAACCGCUGCAUAAGGAGGGGGUAGGGGAAGAGCCUAGAGCGAGCACCUCGGCAGCCCCGGCCGAGCCGAUACCGCAGGAUUUCACCAUAGGCCAUCGGCAGUUUUACGACGCGGUGAGCGACGAAGAAGAAGAAGAAGAGGCUCUCGCUGAGGCGACGAGAGCUGUGGAGGAAGCAGAGCAUCAAACCGCCCUCUACCAACCGCAGUAUGAGGAGAGGGCUGAGGAAGAGCCUAGGGCGAGCACCUCGGCAGCAUCGGCCGAACCGAUACCGCUGCAACCCGAGUCUGAUGACGACGAGGCGUCGACUAUUCUCAACCCCUCCUUGAUGUUUAACGAUCGGUCUGAUAUACUGGCUGUGUACCGGCAAGCCAGAGCAAACGAUGACGACGGAGCGAUAGCGGGUCCAUCGUAUCACCACCAUCGUCAGCAGGAAGAUGACCUCGUACAGCCCGAGAAUCAGCUGGGGGUGUAUCCGAUGGAUGCUCGACAGGAGGAGGAGGAGGAGGAGGAGGAGGGGGAGCGUCUAAACGAGGAGCGAUUAGAAGCUAGACGUUUCGGCCUAUGGGUACUCGUCAGCUGA